AUGAAGAGUGGUCUUGACUGCCACUAUCCCGCGGCAACAUCAAGGACUACAGCGGUGCCGAGAAGUCAGCGUGGAGACGACGCUCACAUAGUGAUUGAAGAGAAUAAUACUGUGGGACCAGCAGCUGCCAGCAUAGACACGUUCGGCGAUGCGCUGCAAGAUGCCAAUGCAGACACAAACUUGUCAGGGUUUGAAGGAUUGCAGUUCGACUGGGAUAAUCUGGAUAUUGAUCUCGGCGACAACUUUCUGAUCCCGCAAGCCGACAGCGUCGCUGUCUUUCAAACGCCCAGACAAAAGUCGCCAUACUUGGGCUCCAUAUCCGUGCCUCUAGCUGACUCGAUCCCUCUGCUACAACAGCUCAUUCCGCCUUUGGCAAUUCCGAGAUCGCCCACGGAAGCACAUCGUUCUUUGGUCCGCAAAACAAACACCAGACCCGGCGCAUCAAGAGCUGCAAACAUGCUGUUGCAUAUGAUGAAGUCCUAUUCGAUAAUGAUUUUACAGCAAAAUAAUCUCCCGCCCUUUAUCCACCCUCAGCAGUUUUCCAUCAACCAGGAUGAGGAUAUGGAGCCACUGUAUAAUUGCAUCAGUCUCAUGCACAUGAUUGGCCGCAACCUUCCUGGUAGUCGAGCUUUGUUUUGGAGAAAUGUACGGAUGGAAUGUGAGCGUUUGCAUGACACCCAUCAUAAAAUGAAUAGGUGGAAAGCGCUUGCCUCUUUGCAGGCUCUUUUGAUAUAUACUGUUAUGAGAGUCGACGAGGGCGAGACCGAUUAUAAUAAUCUGGACUCUCUGCUCCAGAGGACCAUUAUUGUUGUUGCCAAUACCUUUAACAUGGGUAACCAGAAUGCUUAUUCGUCCCCUGCCGAAUCCGCACCUAGUACGGUCUGGAAAGAUUGGAUAUUCGAAGAGUCGAGCAGAAGAUUAUGUACCGUCUUCCAGGUAAUCAAUAUGCUCGUGUGGUUCGAGCCGGCCGGUAUGUGCGAUAUGGCCUUUGAUCUUCUGCUAGCUCCCUUGCCGUCCAAGAAGCAGCUCUGGGAGGCUGAAAGCGAGUUUGCAUGGAAGGCCGACGGCUUGCUGGAGACGGAGCAGCGUUUUGCUUUUGGCUUGGCUGUCGAUGGUGAGCUGGUCAAGAUAGACAAGGGCGGCGCGCGUUGCGAGCAUCACAUCAUGAUGACGCCGGAUCCCGUGGACAAUGUUGCUUCAAAGACACCGGCCAAUUGGGAGGAUUGGUGCUCCGAGAUGGAUAAUCUAGGAAACCUUGUCAUGCUCGCUGCGUCUUUGAUUGGCUAG